CGCCCAGAAUGCUGCUGGUUGACGGUGCUUUUCUCGUUUUGUAGCCACUGUGUGUAAAAGAUGUCUGCUCCACACGGGCCCCGGGGCGGCCCCGGCCCUGCUGCUGCCUCAGCGGCCGGCGCCAUGCCGGAGAUGCCGGACCUCAGUCACCUCACCGAGGAGGAGAGGAAGAUCAUCCUCGGUGUCAUGGACCGACAGAAGAAGGAGGACGCGAAGGAACAGUCGAUGCUAAAGAUCAAAGAAGAACCAAAGCCUCAGCCGGCACAGUGGUUUCCCUUUAGUGGGAUCACUGAGCUGGUAAAUAACGUCCUUCAGCCCCAGCAAAAGUCCCAAAAUGACAAGGAGCCAGAGCCAGACGCGAAGUUGCACCAGCAGUUUGAAUCGUACAAGGACCAGGUUAAAAAGAUGGGGGAAGAGUCUAAGCCGACUCAGGACCAGAACAGCGAAGCCCCAACCUGUGGGAUAUGCCACAAAACCAAGUUUGCCGAUGGCUGUGGCCACCUCUGUUCAUAUUGCCAAACCAAAUUCUGUGCUCGGUGCGGAGGACGAGUGUCUCUGCGGUCAAAUAAGGAGGACAAAGUGGUUAUGUGGGUAUGCAACUUGUGCCGAAAACAACAAGAAAUCCUCACCAAAUCGGGGGCGUGGUUCUACGGCUCGGGGCCUGGUCAGAUGCUGUUUGAGGGUGGGCCGCAGGGAAAGAAGGCCAAACUGCAGGACCCGUCCCUGUACCCCUACCAGGGAGCCUCAGGGGACUUGACACCAGCGUCAGACAGAAGCAGACCUCACGGCGGACUCCUGCCCAGACAGUCGUCCCUUGACAACGGAUCGGGGCUGAGGUACGACGCACCCAUAGACAGGAAACGAAGCCCAUCUGCAUCCAGGGAUCCAAACCAAAAAUACGACCAAAGGGAGGGGGGCGACCACUCGCAGUAUGCCCCGACGGACGGCGGCAUGCCCAGAUCACCGUCUGACUAUGGGGAUGGGGACCCUCGGCGGGCUCCGCGUGGCCAUCACAUGUACCCAGACGCAGAUGCGGCACGGAUGGGUUACCGGGACCGGCGGGGCCCCGGACGCUGGCACUCCCAGGAAUACCCGCUGGACCAGGAGCUAGAUGGACCACCCAGCGAGUAUGACCUCCAGCGGCAGCGCCAGGAGGAAUUCCAGACACGCUAUCGCAGCGACCCAAACCUGGCACGCUACCCUGUCAAGCCACAGCCCUACGAGGAGCAGAUGAGGAUGCACGCCGAGGUGGGCCGCCUGCGGCACGAGCGCCGCCAUAGUGAUGUCUCUCUGGCUUACACGGAGCAGGACGACCCAGGCCCCAUCCGGCUGUCCCGUCAGCAUCUCACUGAGCGCCGGCCGCCAAUGGCGGGACAGCGCUCCUACUCUGUCGACCGCUCCUCUCCUGGGCCCAUUGGUCCCGGCCUCGGAGGCCACAGAAGCUCCAACCACAGCCCCCCAACGCCGCACCGUAGCCCCGUGCUGGGCGACAGAUCUGGGGACCUACGGAGAGGCGACAUGGGUGGAGGCGGGGAUCCCAUGAGGAGGCAGCAACACCACUUGGACCCCAAUUCAGCUCUCCGCAAGACCAAGAGGGAGAAGAUGGAGAGCAUGUUGAGGAAUGACUCUCUCAGCUCGGACCAGUCGGAGUCGGUGCGCCCGCCACCCCCCAAGCCCCACAAAACCAAAAAGGGAGGAAAGAUGCGGCAGGUGUCACUGAGCAGCUCGGAGGAGGAGCUGGCCACCACACCGGAGUACACCAGCUGCGAGGACGUGGAGAUAGAGAGUGAGUCAGUCAGUGAGAAAGGGGACAGUCAAAGGGGAAAAAGAAAAACUAUUGAACAGACAUUUAUGUCCGAGCCGACACACACCUUAUCUGAGAGGCAAAAGAAAAUGGUGCGCUUUGGGGGACACUCAUUUGAAGAGGACUUGGCAUGGUGUGAACCGCAGGUUAAAGACUCGGGAGUUGAUACGUGCAGUAGCACUACCCUAAACGAGGAGCAUAGCCAUAGUGAGAAGCACCCGGUGACGUGGCAGCCGUCCAAAGAUGGGGAUCGCCUAAUAGGGCGUAUUUUACUCAACAAGCGCAUGAAAGAUGGAAGUGUACCUCGAGACUCAGGAGCUCUGCUUGGUCUGAAGGUGGUGGGAGGCAAGAUGACAGAAUCUGGUAGACUUUGUGCUUUUAUCACUAAAGUGAGGAAAGGAAGUCUAGCAGACACUGUUGGACACCUCAGACCAGGUGACCAGGUGCUGGAGUGGAAUGGGAAGCUUUUACAAGGAGCCACAUUUAAAGAAGUUUACAAUAUCAUUCUAGAUUCUAAGCCUGAGCCGCAGGUGGAGCUGGUGGUCUCGCGGCCUAUAGGAGAUAUUCCAAGGAUACCAGACAGCACACAUGCACAACUGGAAUCAAGUUCGAGUUCUUUUGAGUCUCAGAAGAUGGAUCGCCCGUCCAUCUCCGUCACGUCCCCCAUGAGUCCCAGCAUGCUGAGGGACGCCCCCCAGUACCUGUCAGGACAGCUCUCAGUCAAAUUGUGGUAUGACAAAGUGGGCCAUCAGCUAAUCGUCACCAUCCUGGGCGCCAAAGACCUGCCAGCCAGGGAAGACGGCCGGCCCAGGAACCCUUACGUCAAAAUCUAUUUCCUCCCUGAUAGAAGUGACAAAAGCAAGAGGAGAACAAAAACGGUAAAGAAAUCCUUAGAGCCCAAAUGGAACCAGACCUUUAUGUAUUCGCCGGUGCACCGGCGGGAGUUUCGGGAGCGCAUGCUGGAGAUCACUUUGUGGGACCAAGCCAGGGUGAGGGAGGAGGAGAGCGAAUUCCUGGGAGAGAUCCUUAUCGAGCUGGAGACAGCUCUUCUGGAUGACGAGCCACACUGGUACAAGCUGCAAACCCACGACGUGUCCUCCGUGCCACUCCCACGUGCCUCCCCGAACACACAGCGCCGCCAGCUCCACGGAGAGAGUCCGACACGCCGGCUCCAGAGAUCCCAGAGGAUAAGUGACAGUGAGAUCUCAGACUACGAUUGUGAAGAUGGUGUUGGGGUAAUAACAGACUACCGGUCCAAUGGCAGAGACUUCCAGAGCUCCACGUUGUCUGUCCCCGAGCAGGUGAUGUCGUCUAACCACUGCUCUCGGUCGGACGAUAUUAACCGGGCGCGGUCGCGCUCUCCCAGCGUUCCCCCACCCUCCAGCAGAAGUCUGGACCCAGCCUUUGACCUUAGGCCUUCUCAGUACAGCUCCUCCACUAGAGUGGACCACCACAGUGUGUCCGAAGAUAACUACUCACCUGACAGGAACCACGGAGCCAUGGAUAGACACGAGUAUCACAGCAGGUCCCGCUCUGCAGACCAGCGUCCCACUAUAGAGCGCCCCACAUCCCGCUCGCGCUCCACUGAACGCCCCCACGACUCUUCGCUCAUGAGGUCCAUGCCGUCUCUGCCAUCUGGGAGGUCCGCCCCCCCCUCACCUGCCUUGACGAGGGCGCAUCCUCGUAGUGGAUCAGUCCAGACCAGUCCCACCAGUACCCCCAUGUCCAGUAGACGAGGACGCCAACUCCCACAGCUUCCACCCGCGGGGAAAGAGAGAAAAGAGCUGGACUCAAGCAGAGGCAGAUACUGUAGUUGUAUGGACAUGGAGGAGAGGACCAGGCAGAUGAAGCUGAAGAUGAACAAGUACAAGCAGGGAGCGGGCUCCGACUCCAGGCUGGAGCAGGACUACCACAAGAAAUAUCGUUCGGGCAGAGAUCCACGGGGCUCAGAUAACCUGUCGGCCAAGUCCUCGGACAGUGAUGUAAGCGACGUGUCCGCUGUCUCGAGAACCAGCAGUGCCUCUCGGUUCAGCAGCACGAGCUACAUGUCUGUCCAAUCAGAAAGGCCGCAAGGAAACCGCAAAAUCCGUGACUUUGCAUCCAAAAUGAAAAACAGGCAGAUGGGCUCGUCGGGCGGGGUGAACAUGACCAAGAGCACAAGCGUCAGCGGCGACAUGUGUAACCUGGAGAAGACAGACGGCAGCCAGUCGGACACGGCGGUCGGCACGGUAGGCACCGACGAGAAGAAGAGGCGCUCCAGCAUUGGUGCCAAAAUGCAGGCCAUGGUUGGCAUGUCGCGCAAGAGCCGGAGCACCUCUCAGCUAAGCCAAACAGAAGCAGGAGGUAAGAAGUUACGCAGCACGAUCCAGAGGAGUACGGAGACGGGCCUGGCAGUGGAGAUGAGGAGCAGGAUGACUCGGCAGGCCAGCCGGGAGUCCACAGACGGCAGCAUGAACAGCUACAGCUCCGAGGGAAAUCUCAUCUUCCCUAGUGUGAGGCUUUCCUCAGAAGCCCAGUUCAGUGACUUCCUGGAUGGUCUGGGCCCCGCCCAGCUGGUCGGACGACAGACAUUGGCUACUCCACCUAUGGGUGACAUCCAGAUCGGCAUGGUGGACAAGAAAGGAGCACUGGAGGUGGAGAUUAUCCGAGCCCGUGGCCUUGUGGGAAAACAAAGUUCCAAGGCACUGCCAGCACCAUAUGUAAAGGUCUACCUUUUGGACAACGGAGUCUGCAUAGCCAAAAAGAAAACAAAAGUAGCAAGGAAAACCUUGGAUCCUCUUUACCAGCAGCAACUGCCGUUUGAGGAGAGUCCAGGAGGGAAGGUAUUACAGGUCAUCGUUUGGGGUGACUAUGGACGUAUGGACCAUAAAUCCUUCAUGGGAGCAGUUCAGAUACUGUUAGAUGAGCUGGACCUGUCCAACAUGGUGAUUGGCUGGUUUAAGCUCUUCCCUCCUUCAUCCCUGGUGGACCCUACUCUGGCCCCACUGACAAGAAGAGCUUCCCAAUCCUCGCUGGACAGUUUCUCUCGAUCAUAGCAGCGUGUGGACUGAUAGCGUUGUUGUAGCAGCCAGUGUUGCGAUUACAGGUCACGCCCCCAAGUUACACUGCAUGCUUGAUGUUGUGUCUUCUGAGCCUGUUUCUAGGGGGUGCAAAUGUGAUCCUGUGUUUUGAGCAAGAACGUUGCGCACAUUGUGCACAUGGCGAAGCGUGUUGCAAAGCGCCUGGCGGCCGGGAUUGCCAGGUGUUGUUUAUUGUUGUUUGGAGGAAGCUGGAAUGAACUCCUUAGCACGAGGAAUCUGUCAGUUCCAGGUUUUCAUCCAAUUCGAAGCCAUGGGGGUCAGUACUGGGAACCGCAAAACGAGUUCUACAGAAGCCCUGUUUCGAAUGAAAAAUAAAUGUUUUGCUUUUAUUAUUUUUCUUUUUUUCCAUCUUUUUUUUCUUCUUUUUUUAUGUCAGUGUACUUGUAUCUGAAGGGGGGUGACACUGUUUCUAUCCAGAUGCUUGGUCAUGCCACGCCAACAGACCUAGCUGUGUAGAUUGGGGGAGUUUUGGAGACCAUCCCUUUGGGUGAGGUGUGUCCCAACGUGUCCACACUCCCCCAGACCUCUAAAGAAAAUACCCCACACACUCAAGGUUUAUGUACUGAAUCAAACCGUACUGGUGAGUCACCAGAAAGUUAAUCAGAGGCAAUAUAGAAGUGGCUACCAUCAGCACUCCAGAAUAUACAGUAACAAUCCCAACCCCAUGAAAAGAUGUACAAUCUACCAUCAUUCUUUCUCUGUUGAUAUAUUGUAUGAAAAUUAAAUGAGAAAACAUAUUUUUUUCCCCUUUUAGUUCAUUUGCAUGGACAAAAAUUUAGCUGAAUCAAAAAAAAAGAAAAGAAAAUUAUUUUCUUGAGGCUGCAACUUGCAAAAAAAGACGAAGAAAAAUAAAACAGAUCAGCCAUUUUCAACAAUUUAUAUUAUUUUUAAAGAUAAAUUUCACUAGUGCAUGGUUUUCAAGGGGAGUGAAUGCAACAUCAUGAUUAAAAAAGAAGAAGACAUUGUUUAUCAUUCUUUAGACCAUUCAUGAGUCUGUGUGUUGCAGACAUGCAGAUAAGGGAAACUUAAAGGAAACUUUUGGAGCUAUUUAACAGGAAAUGUUUAUGUGACAAAAAGUGAUAAUGAAAAUAAAUGUAAAUUAUUUAUUUCAUUUUAAAAGGCUCAAGCCUUAUAAAGAUAAAAAUUAUGUGCAAAUUGUACAUGUUUCUCUUUUUCUUCCUUGUCCCAGGGUACUUCAGGGUACUACUCAUUGCUACCAUUGUUCAGUCCCCUGAUAAUGUCCAGAUUUUAGGACUGUUGGUUAUUUUACAGUUCUGUAUUGUUUCAGGAUGUAUUUUAUUUUGGAUUUGAUUUGUUUAACAAGCAUGUUGAAAAGGAUUUUCUGCAACAUGGCUUGGGCACACCUUACAGUAACUCAGCAUGUUUUGAUAAAGAUGAUAUUUGGAAUUUUUGCAGUUUCUUGUACAGUGCAUGUCAACUUCAUUAAUUUUCUCCCUCACCUUCAAUUGAACUCUGCAGCAAAUUAGUUCUUGGUCUUCUGCGGCCAAUUUAUUGAAGUUUUAACAAAAACAUUCCACCCCCAAGGUCAUAUUUUCUUUCAGGUUUUUGAGGAGAAAAAAAAAAGUGACAAGGAAAAUAUUUUAUAUUUAAUGGAGGUUGACGAAACAGUCGUGAUUGCAAGUGUAUUUUAUUUCAGUAUUGUUGACAAACAUGCAAAAAUAAUCUGUAUUGGUACAGCAAGAGGUCUAUACCUAAUCAAGAGGCAGCAAACAUGCAAAAGAUGUAUGUGGCUCUGGUUCAAUUUUACAACCACUGUUUGUGAAGAUGAGCUAAUCACAAGUUCAAAUAACAAGGGAUAUUGCCACAGAAAAUGUGUUUUUUUUCUUGUUUUAAUGAAAAUGAAAUUAAUUUACUAUAUUUUUGUUAGUUUUAU